UCAAUUUCGUAAUCAGCUGAUGUUUGUAAAGUUAUCCACACACAUACGUGGUCGAUUUGUGGUUCAAAGAUAUUUUUCAGUUCAGUUUGUUAAAAGUUACAUUCCAAAAAGGAAAAUGACGGCAACAACGCCAAAACGUGAGGAUAUUUUGCUACUCUUUGAUGUGGAUGGAACCUUAACAUUCCCUCGCACUGUGGUUGAACCAGAGUUUGAGAAAUUCUUCUACACAAAUGUUAAACCCCGGGCAACAAUCGGUAUUGUCGGCGGAUCAGAUCUGGAGAAGAUGUUUGAGCAGUUGAAUGGCGAAAAGAUAUUAAACGAGUUUGACUUCAUCUUCCCUGAAAAUGGCUUGGUACAGAUCGAAGCUGGAAAAGAAGUCGGAAAGCAAAACAUUAUACAACAUUUGGGCGAGAAGAAUUUACAGCGAUUCAUUAACUAUGUGCUACGUUAUCUAUCCGAAUUGGAGCUGCCCAUUAAGCGAGGGACGUUUAUUGAGUUUCGCAACGGAAUGAUGAACGUCUGUCCAAUUGGUCGACAAUGCACUCGGGAAGAACGUAAUAUGUUUGCUGCCUAUGACGAUGAACACAAGAUAAGAGCCAAAAUGAUUGCGAAACUUAAGGAGGAGUUCACUGAUAUUGAUCUUACUUAUAGUAUUGGCGGUCAAAUUAGUUUUGAUGUGUUUCCCCAUGGUUGGGACAAAACCUUCUGUCUUCGACAUAUUGAGGCCUAUCAUAAAUUUAAGGAGAUUCACUUUUUUGGCGACAAAACUGAUCCAGGUGGGAACGAUUAUGAGCUAUACAUCGAUCCACGCGUCAAAGGACAUAAAGUUAGUACUCCUAAUGAUACUAAAAGAAUACUUACUGAGAUUCUAAAUAUUAAAUAAAGCUUUUACAUUUUUGUAUUUAACGGUUUGUUAAACAUGUUUAUACAUAUAUAUUUUUACAAAAGUCAAUAAAAACAAUAUACAAAGAUGUUAUAGGACUACAACUAA